AUGUGUACCAAGGAAGACAACAUAUUGCAGAUUCUGCACGCCAUAGACGCCGCGCUGCCGGCGGGAGGGCCCGCGGACGCUGCAGUCAGCACGCUGUCGCUAGGCCCGGGCGCCGAGCACCCGAAGGUGAUCAACGCCGCGAAGAGCUUGAUGGCCAAGGGCUACGUGACGCUCGAGGAAUGCCGAAGAAGGAGAUAUUUGCUGAGCGCUGAGGGCAAGCUCUACGCCGCUGAAGGCUCGCCUGAGUUCAGGCUGCUGGAGCGUGUACGUGCGUCCCACGAACCCAUCACGAUUUCUGAAGCCAGUGCUGGCAUACCGAGUGCGGAACAUGGUCUCAAGAAGGCUCUGCGUGCCUCUAUGCUCCGCGUAACCGCGGGCCAGCAGCUGUCGCUGGGCGCAGCUGGCAAUUCCACUACCGAGGACAUUACCAGGAAGCUACUGCAGCUAAUCGAGUCGCAUGGUGCAGAUGAGCAGGCAAUGCUUGACGCGCUGAAAGCCGUUGUGACGGAUGAAAAGAAGCUGCGCUCGGAACUUGAUGACCUGAAGAAGCGCAAGUUGAUGGAUUCUCAGGUUGAAGUUUCCUAUCUUGUGCGCAAGACAGACAAGUUCCAGUGCCACAUAACGCAGCAGAUCACGGAUCUGACACAGGAGCUGUUGCAGGAACGGAAGUCCUGGUCAGCAUCUGACAUGAAGCCGUACAACUUCUUUUCGAGCGGUAAGCGCAUAUCGCGCGGCGCAUUGCACCCGCUGACGCGCACUAUGCGAGAAUUCCGCGAAAUAUUCACGUCGAUGGGGUUCGAAGAGUUGGACACCGCGAAUUACGUGGAAUCCAGCUUCUUGUGCUUCGAUGCCCUGUACAUUCCGCAGCAGCACCCGGCCCGCGACUCUCAGGACACCUUCUUCACUAAGGCUCCCGAGCUCGCCAACCUCGACGGUGUAAGCCAAGAAUACGUUGAUGCAGUGGCGGAGGCCCACGGUGAUGGCAGCCGGUACGGCAGCACGGGGUGGCAGUACGACUGGAAGUUGGACGAGGCCCGCAAACUGGUGCUGAGGACCCACACCACCGCCUGCACUGCCAGACUGCUGAAACGCAUGGCGGAGCAAUUUGCGGACAUCAAGCACACCCUGCCGAGGAAGUUCUUCUCGAUUGACCGCGUCUUCCGAAACGAGAGCAUGGAUGCCACGCAUCUAUGCGAAUUCAACCAGGUGGAAGGUGUAAUGAUCGGUUUCGGUCUGGGUCUAGGACACCUAAUGGGCGUCAUGUCAUCGUUCUACUCCGCCAUAGGCAUCGAAGAGCUGCGCUACAAGCCGGCAUACAAUCCGUACACCGAGCCUUCCAUGGAGAUUUACGGGUACCACCCUGACCUCAAAAAGUAA